GUUGGUCUUAAAUUUCGGUGUAUAUAAGAUCUCUAGGAGUUCGAUGAAUGAAGAAUUAUUAUAAGCUAUCAAUUUUGAAAGGAGAGAUGGAUUAUGGUGAGGAGACUGAGGGAGUAACCAGAGUUGCCGCGGACAAGUAUCGAUCGAUAUUGAACGAGGAGACAGAGAACACGCAGUGGAGGCACGGAGGCCCUCCCAUUUUCAAUGCUGUCAACAAGCUCUUCGAGGAAGGUCGAACCAAGGAGUGGCCUAAGGGUUCAUUAGGGGAGACAGUUCAAAAUGCAGUAAAGUCGUGGGAGAUGGAACUGUCUCACAAGACCCGGUUGCAGGACUUCAAGACGAUAAACCCGGAAAAAUUCAAGCUCAUCGUUAAUGGAGGGGAGGGCUUGUCAGGGGAAGAGACCUUGAAGUUGGGGAGCUACAAUGCCCUAUUGAAGAGCUCCCUACCAGAGGAAUUCAAAUACUACAAAGCCGAUGAGGAGACCUUCGAAUCAUCGCAUCAUGAGUUUAGGUCGGCCUUCCCUCGUGGGUUCGCUUGGGAGGUGAUCGCUGUGUACUCGGGGCCCCCGGUAGUGACCUACAAGUUCAGGCACUGGGGCUAUUUCGAAGGACCCUUUAAGGGGCACCGCCCUACCGGAGAGAUGGCUCAGUUCUAUGGCGUAGGUAUCAUGAAGGUUGAUGAGUCCAUGCGAGCUGAGGACGUUGAAAUCUACUAUGAUCCCGCCGAACUGUUUGGUGGACUUCUGAAAGGACCUCUUCUGUGCGACGACUCACCUAAGGAGGAAGGAAAAUCGACCGAGACGGCAAAGGCUUCCAGUGGGUGUCCAUUCUCGAAAUCAACCUAAACCUCCAUUUAUAUUUCUAGUACUAUACUGUGUUGAACCAUACUAUGCACACAAUAAAUUAAUUCAGUGUUUCACCAC